UUUGGUGUGUGGAACAGAUGUAAAAGUUGCACGCCGUUCACUCCAUGUUCGAGGGUCUACGUGUCUGCACCGCUGUUUAGAAAAGAAAGGAGACGCAGCCUUCCUCAAGCUCACUUCUCCUCAUAUUUUUUUGUUUCUCCACUUCUGUGCCGGUUUUCCCUCGUUAUGGCCACGCGCGUUCGACCGGGCAGCAAGCGGUGUGCAGUGAUCGGAGGGUCUGGUUUUCUGGGUAGACACCUGGUGGAGAAGCUCCUGGACAAAGGCUACUCUGUCUCCGUGUUUGACAUCCGGCAGAGCUACGAGCUUCCAGGCGCCACCUUUCACCAGGGAGACCUCUGCGAUAAACAGGCUCUGCUUUCUGCUCUGAAGGAUGUGUCUCUGGUAUUCCACUGUGCCUCCCCAGCUCCUUCUAGUGAUGACCGGCUGCUGUUUGAGAGGGUCAACAUUCAGGGCACUCAGACGGUUAUUCAGGCCUGCUUAGACGCAGGCGUACAGAAACUGGUCUUGACAAGCAGUGCCAGUGUGGUGUUUGAGGGCACCGACGUCAAGAAUGGAAAAGAGGAUCUGCCAUACGCCAAGAAGCCCAUUGACUACUACACUCAGACCAAGAUUGAACAGGAGAAGUUGGUUCUGGAGGCGUGCAACAAGCCGAAGGGUUUCCUCACGGUUGCUAUUCGGCCUCACGGCAUCUUUGGCCCUCGGGAUCCACAGCUGGUUCCCACCCUGGUGGACGCAGCUCGCCGGGGGAAGAUGAAGUUCAUCAUCGGUGAUGGAACCAAUCUUGUGGAUUUCACCUAUGUGGAGAAUGUUGUCCAUGGCCACAUCCUUGCUGCUGAGCACCUGAGAGCAGAGUCUCCUAUCUGUGGAAAACCGUAUCACAUCACCAAUGACGAGCCAAUCCGCUUCUGGGACUUCAUGUCUGAAGUUCUGGUGGGCUUGGGAUACGACGCCCCACGCUUCCACCUCCCAUACGCACUCGUGUACGGACUUGCCCUUCUUCUCUGGGUGCUCACCUGGAUCUUGCAUCCCUUUAUGUCUUUCAAACCCACCUUUACACCCAUGAGAGUGGCUUUGGCCGGGACCUAUCACUACUACAGCUGUGAUCGCGCCAAAGAACACCUGGGCUACAAGCCGGUGGUCAGUCUGAAGGAGGGGAUUGCACGCACGGUGGCAAGCUACCCUCAUCUUAGACGUGGAGCUUGAUGGUUUGAAUGAAGAUGCUGAAACCAGCAGGACGCACUGAAAGAACUAUUCAAACCACUGAUCGUCUCUGGAGGCUUUUGAAACCUUUUCUUGGCCUGCCCUGUUUUCACCAGCAGAUGGCAGCAAAUGGCUCCUCUACUCUUAGAGUUGUUGCAUUCUGCUAUCACACUUCUUGAUCAGAAAAAGCUAAACUCAUGACAUAAUUUUUCCUUUGAUUAAUUAUUUAUCAUACUGUGCAUAUUAUUGUGCAAAUUAUUAGACUAAUUUUGUUAGUCAAAAUGGACUAAAACAGCUGGAUGAUUGUGCAUUUGAAUGAUUGACUGCCGUCUGCAACGUGAAAGUGAUUUUUGGUUUGUAAACUCGACAUGCUAUAUUUUCACUAUUUUUGAAAAAUAUAAAGGACGUUUGCUAUAUUGCCCCUUGCUGGUAUUUUUGCGGGUACCACCCAAUUACUUGAAUUUUGCUAGAAAGAUUUUGAAAGUCUCACACUCUGCUGGUGUAAUUACUUGAAGUCAUAAUUUCUUACAGAUGGAAGAUGGAUGUAUUCACAUUCCUCAAAUUAAAUUCUUCAUUAGAGGUACAUCAA